GCGGGACCUGCAGGUUCCCAUCAGCACCGAGGUCUGGCGUCCUAGCCGAGCGCCUGCGCGGAGCCGGGCCCGAGCGGAGCCUGAGGCCGGCGAGCGGGGACACGCCGACGCGCCCGGCCCCGCGCCGCCCCGCCUGGCCGGCAUGGAGGAGGAGUGCCGAGUGCUCUCCAUCCAGAGCCACGUCGUCCGCGGCUACGUGGGCAACCGGGCGGCCACGUUUCCGCUGCAGGUUUUGGGGUUUGAGAUCGACGCUGUGAAUUCUGUCCAGUUUUCAAACCACACAGGCUACGCGCACUGGAAGGGCCAAGUGCUGAACUCCGACGAGCUCCACGAGCUGUAUGAAGGUCUGAAGCUGAAUGACGUGAAUAAGUAUGACUACGUGCUCACAGGUUACACGAGGGACAAGUCCUUCCUGGCCACCGUGGUGGACAUUGUGCGGGAGCUGAAGCAGCAGAACUCACGGCUGGUGUACGUGUGCGAUCCGGUGAUGGGUGACAAAUGGAACAGCGAAGGCUCUAUGUACGUCCCAGAGGACCUCCUUCCUGUUUACAAAGAGAAGGUUGUGCCAGUUGCAGACAUCAUAACUCCCAACCAGUUCGAGGCUGAGUUACUGAGUGGCAGAAAGAUCCACAGCCAGGAAGAAGCAUUAGCGGUGAUGGACGUGCUGCACUCCAUGGGCCCCGACACCGUGGUCAUCACCAGCUCCGACCUGCCCUCCCCGCGGGGCAGUGACUACCUGAUCGCGCUGGGGAGCCAGAGGAUUCGGCACCCCGACGGCUCCGUGGUGACGGAGCGGAUCUGCAUGGAGAUGCGCAAGGUGGAUGCCGUCUUUGUGGGCACGGGCGACCUCUUCGCCGCCAUGCUCCUGGCGUGGACGCAUAAGCACCCCAACAAUCUCAAGGUGGCCUGUGAGAAGACCGUGUCAGCCAUGCACCAUGUUCUACAGCGGACCAUCAAGUGUGCAAAAGCCCAGGCUGGGGGAGGACGGAAGCCCAGCCCGGCGCAGCUGGAGCUGAGGAUGGUCCAGAGCAAAAGGGACAUCGAGAACCCGGAGAUUGUCGUCCAGGCCACGGUGCUGUGAGGCCUCGUGUGUACGUGCCUCCUGACACAGUGGCGCUGUCUCCAUCUCCAUCCCUGUGAAAAAUGUAACGUCUGCCUUAGCGCUGUGACCGAAACUUGAUAUUUUUUUUUCUUUAGUGAGUGUCCAGCCUCCACUGGUCUUAAUUGUGAAAAUGUGCCGGUCAUGCUUUUUGAAAAUAACAAAUCAAUCUCAAAUUUGUUAUUUGGAAACCCAGCUCCCCCUGCCCCACCUCCACCACCACCCCGAAGGCUCUUGGACCUGCCUGGAAAACCAGCUCUGUGGCCACUCUCUCAGGGGUGUCCUGCCUAUCCUGGGAUAUGUGGUGGGAGGGGCUGCUGCCCCCUAGAGAGUCACAUUGGCUCCCACCGUGUGGGCUGGGCCAGGAGGAGGGGGAAGCCUGUGUCUCUGCAUCUCUGAGAACAAGCUUGGUGUUAACCGUUUGCAUUCAGAUGAAUUAUGCCAAUUACCUUUAUUGUCAUUUCUGACCUUCCCUCUGCUUCAGGACUUUUGUUUCUUACUUUGCUCCUCAGCAGGUCCCUGGGCAUUUCAGAUAUUCUGCUUCUGUUUCACCUGUGGACAGGUUAAUGCCUGCUGGCCCAGACACACACAGGCCUGCACAGUCACUUUGGCAGGGACCUUUCCAGGACCCUGAAAAUUCAAGACGGUCUGCACAUCUCAGCGGGACCACUCUGUGACCCACAAGUGUCUCUAGGGACCUGCUGAGCGAUGCACAGAGGCCAGUAAAGAGAGGGCUGGUGUGCGGCCUGGGGCGCCUGUGGGAAGAUGCCACGUUGGGCUCCUUUUGGAAAACUCACCUCGUUUAUAGUACAACGGGUUAAACACUGCGUGUUUGCCACUUGCUGCUGGUGACAAACGCAUCAUGUCACAGAGUUAGUGUCCAAACAGGCACAGAGGGCAGAGGUGGGCUGUGUAGGCCCAGCGCCGUGGUGACUCUGGCUGGUCCCUACGCCUACCCUGUGGGUCAGGCUGCAGGCCACACCUACUCUUGCGGGGACCAGAGUGCCAGGCUCUGCCGCAGGGCUCAGAGAAGCCUGGUCCCCCACGGUGGGCACAUUUCACCCCGAGGCCCUGGCACUAGUCCAGUUGUCCACGGCCAGCGUGACCCCCGUGGUCCCCCUUACCCAGAAUUUUGAGGUCCCCCAGGCAUGGCUGCAGACAGGGGUGUCCAUCCUGACAGAUUCAGCCUGCCUUGAUCUCAGUACCCACCCCCCACUCUGGGGGUGCAGAGGUUUGCCUCUCAGAAGCCCACAGCCUGGAGGGGACAGGGAGACUAUAGAAUAUAGGGGCCCAGAUGUGGCCCCUGGGAAAUCACUGUGAGGGCAGCCCUGUUCCCCCUUCCACGGCUCUGUGCCCACAGGCAGGCCCUCUCCCGGAGCCUGCACACCUCCCCAUUAGUGCAUUCUUCACUGUAGAAAAUGCCCUGAAAGAAGAGAAGCCACUCCCCCGAACCCACUGCACCCUCCCUCUGUCUUUCUUCCCACUCUGCUCACUUCUAAAUGUCUUAAUUCUCACGCAGUAGUGCUCCCAGCAGUGUGUGCACAGGUUCAGGGCAUCUGUGUCCCUGUCAUGUGUCCUGGUUUCGUGGGGACCAGCCAGAGUCACCCAGGCAGGGCCCUGCGCCUGCCCUGCACCUAUAAUGGAAAACACUGCCAAGUAGAGCUGGGGAGACGGCAGUGAGCAAAGCCUUUUCUUUCCUUCUUUUUUGUUUUAAUAUUGAAAGCCAGUAUAGAACUGGGGAAAGAACCUAAAUGUGUCUGUUUUCCAUGAGGUGAUGAAAACCCACCCGGAAAGUACGGUUUGGGGCAUUAGGCUUGCUCCGUGCACGCAGCGAACCUGAGCGGAGACACUCAGCAAACGCUGCUCCAUUCUUGGUUCCUUAGCUUUAUUUCAGAGGCUUGGCCCCGCCUUAGAUUUAAUCCUUUUACUUCCCUUUGUUAAGCAUAGAACGAUGAGAAUUAGUCCACCCUUAAAGCUUCUGUAGACAUGGCCCGCCUUUCUCCUCUGUCCUCUUUGACUACUGGAAAGCCAUGGAGAGAUGAGGUGGCUGAGCCCUCUGAACUGAGAAAAGGAAAUCAGGGCUCCCGAGACGAGCAGCUGGGAGGCGUGUCCCCCGUUCCCACUCUGUCGCUGUGCCUGUGCUGUCUUAGGCUGGUUUCUACCUGCACGUAUCCCAUCUGUGCUGACAACGGCGGAGGCCCCCGGCUUUCUCUGUGUAGAAUGUCCCAUCCAGAAGUCACCCCGGCUCGUUGGCAGUAGUUUCUGGUACAGUUUGGGUCCAAAUUAGAAUUAAUCUUUGUUUUCACUUUCCGUCGUUUAGUAACAUGCAAAAUGAUAAUGUAUGUUAACAUGGGAGGUGGAUGGGCUUGGAGCCGCCUGUUUGUCAGAGUGUAGAUGUCAGUACUUACCAGUUUUUUCCAACCUCCUGUAGACGUUAAAGAUGAAUUAUAAAAUAUCCCUUUUUCUUAAGUCAUUGCCAAGCUCUGCUGCGGUAAUUGUGUUAGUCUGUGUUAUUUUUGCAGUAUAUGUCAGUGAUGGUGAAAACGAUGCUUUGCUGUUCCGUUCUGCCACUUGUUAAAGCCAGUUUUUAAAACGUUUAAUUUUCCAAUGGACCUGCACUGAUGAGUAAGGGGAGGGUGUUUUGAGUGUUGAGCGCCAGAGCGUGCGGCCUAUACCACGAUGCCUGUGUCCUGUUGGAAAAGUCACCGCCCCACUGCCACCAUCCACGGUGACGAAAGAAACUCCAAAUGCUGCUGCUGCAGGCCCACCUGGGGAUGAGGCACACGGGCCUGGGAUUGUGGAUUUCCUGCUUGGACCUCAUGUUCACUCCUCGGUUGAAAUGUACGAAAGAGGAGGUGAGAGCGUCUGGCCCGUGGACCUCCAUGCACGCCUGCCUUUUCCUGCCCUUGGAUGGGCCCACCUGCUUGGGGUGUCGGGGUCCCCAUCUGUGAGUCAGAGAUGCCCGUGACCAUGUGACUGGGCUGUGUUCAAUGCCAGAAUAGCCAGCAAUCUCUGUCUUCCUUCUCUGCCGCCCGCCUGGUCUCUCCAGCCUCCAUGAACACUAACAGGGGCACAGGGGUCAUCGCGGGAGCCUCCCGCCCCCCAGUGCCCUCCUGGGCCCGAAGGAGGGGCAGGGAGUUUGUGAAUGAGCACAGUGGGGCAUGUACAGGUGGGGGUGCUGUGAGUGGCCCUGGCUCUCAGAGUCUGGGUGGCAGCCGUGUGGCCCCCAGACGGGGCACUGCUGGUCAGCCCAGCCCUUCUCAGUCCACACCACCAGGCUGCAGGGGUCGCCUUCCCAUCUCGCUGUGCGGCUCUGCAUUGAUAUCCGGAGAGCCGGCUCCCAUGCUGCCAGAGGGAGCAGGUCAGAUGUACGUGCUGUGUGGGUGCUCAGAAGGACCCCCGUCUGGGGAGGGCCUCUCUGGGAGGCCAGGUCCACUGCCCCUCGCCAGGGCAGCCUUGAGCUUGCGCCCCGUUGGUCUGGAUGGCCGUCGUUCCCCCAGGAGACCCCUACUGUCUGCAGAUCUGCCGACACGCACUGUCACGCGGCCUUGCCUCAGUGAUGGAGAGCCCACUCGUGUGUCCUUGGAGCUGUGUGCACGGUUGGUAUGCCUGUGCCACAGCCACUUUGUGACGUGCGGAAUCAGGUGGCUGGCAGGUCUGCAGGUGAGAAAAACAUCAUGAGAUCCUGCAUGUUUUUAGAGAGGCAGUUCUGUGGUUUCAGCAUCCAGCCGCGUCUGCCAGCCUCUGCCUGCAGGCGGCAUCGCGAGGGCACAGGAGAGUGGCAGGCAGUCAGGGGUCUCUGGCCCCCCAUCCUGGUAGGUUGCAAACAUCAGUUCCCCCUUCUGGGGGGUGUUUCUUUAGUGUGGAAGUGUUUCUGUCCAUUGAUGGGAACCAAACUUGCAGUCUGUGCCUCUGAGUGGGAGUGGGGGGCCUGUAUGUACCCCCUCCCCCAGCUCUGGAGGCCCCUCCCAGCAUCACCCAUCACCCCCACUGAGAAACCCCAACCGGGAAACCCCCACCAGGGUGUGCGGCCACAAGGCACAACUCCAAUUCCUAAAAUUGUGGGUUCUCAUCGUGUGUCUUCCUGUGGACAUCUGCAGUUUAUUCUUGGUACAAAACGUUUUCUGUGUAAGUGAUUAAAAAACGUCUUCGCAUUCCUGCCUUUCAUUAGAGGUUUGUACUCAGCACAAUGUAUUCAUUCUGUUUAUAAAAAAGCAUUGAAUGAGUAACUUUAGGUCAGACUUAGACAAUAUUUUUAAACUUUGUAUUAAUGGAAAGUUCUCCCUAGAAUUUUCUUUUUAACGACUGGCAAAGUCAACAGGUGUUUCCAAAGCUUUCCCACCGUCCAGGCCGAGAAGAACCUUGUGCUUAAAGCGGGCCCCUCAUCCAUCGCUGCCCCCACAUGGGUGAGCCUCGGUGGGGGUCCCCGAGCUUCAGGGUGGUCAGACUGAACGAAGCCCCCAGCCGCAGCCUGCCCUCCACCCCCGCCCCACACCACUGUGGGCAAGUGCCAGUCUUUGUGCCACAGGAGGCCCGUUCUGGUAGGAGAUGGCUUCCUGAAGCCAUGGGCCACUGUCCCUGGCCUGGGGCACCGCUGGCCUACAGAUCUGCUCUGACACCUGAGAGCAAGGGCCAGCCUUCCUGGUAGUGCCACCUGGAGCCCGUGCUGGGACCCUUGUCUUGGUGACCGAAGGGAGAGGUAGGUGUUAGUAUCGGGGGAACCGGAAACGAAUUCUCCGUGUAGGACGGUGGUGUUGUAAUGCUUUUAAUGUUAGCUGCGUACAUUCCGAUUUAGAAUUUUAGUUGGCAUUUCAACCGAUGACUGUAAAACUGGACCAACAGAAAGACUGAGGUGCUGACUCAGGCCCACUAAUGCUGGCCUUGCCCUUCCUGGAAACGAGCAUGGAUUUUGGAGGCAUGUCGGGGCGUGAUGCAGCCUCGGGACAACGCACAUCGCCCCUGGGUCCCGGCUGUGAGGGGAGAUGUCUCUGUGAGGUUCAGGCAGUUCCAUCAGCCUGUGGCAACCAGCCCCGCCCCCGCACGUGGACGUGUUUGUAAAGUGUCUGUUGUAGAGGCCUGUCUGCCGGUCCUGGCGACUGCUGAUUCUCACAAAUAAAUAUUUUCAUGGUGAUUGUG